AUGCCCCUCUCAGUUUGCACAGUGCCUGCUGGGCCUGUGCCUGUGCCCGAGAACAGCACUGCUGACCUCCAGGUGGUUAAAAUAAACUCUGGCAGUGAUGUGACACUGACUGUUGUGGUGAACCCCGAAGAAAUGUUUUACCUGAAAGGCAAAACAUUAAUGGUGAAGAAAGAACUGGACUAUGAGGUUUUACCUAAGAGAGCAGCUCUCGUGGUGUGGGUACAAUGUAGCAGAGCAGGCUCCAAAUCUGUCAAUGAGUCCAUUGAAGUAUUGGUGGAGAAUGUAAACGAUAACCCCCCAAACUUUGCUCAGAAUAACUACAUUCUGGAAGUAAAUGAGCUGACUCCAGUAAAUUCCAGCAUAGGACUGAUAGAAGCUACUGAUGCUGAUUCUGAACCACUAUUUUAUCGGUUAGAGUCUGCCAUGGAUAAAUACUUCCGGCUCGAGAACAUCAACAAUCCAAAAUUACUUGUUAAAAGUGUGAUAGACUAUGAUGUUGUGCAGAAAAUCUCAUUGGUUUUACACGUACAGGACACAUUUAAUGGUUCAGCCUCCAAUGAGCCCUUCUUCACAUCAGUGGCCACCAUCACAGUGCAUGUGAGGGAUGUGGAUAAUCGGCCACCAUGGUUUCACCCUUGUGUAAGGACUAAUUUAGGACUUGCCAAGGUGUGUGUGAGCACUGGCUAUCGAGGCAAAGUCAAUCUGACAGAGAAGGAGGAAGGCCCACUAUCACUGGAACCUGGCCCAGUUCUUGCAAAAGAUGGAGACAAGAACAGGAGUGAACAGAUCAGCUACCGGAUUUUAAGAGGCAAUGAAGGCAAUAUAUUCCAGAUACAUGAGGAAACUGGGAAUAUAAGCAUGAUCAAAGCUGCAGAUAUUUUGGGCCCAAUAACUCUCACUGUGCUGGCAUCACAAGUGACCAACAGGGAUCAGUUUGCUGUAACACAAGUGAUCUUUGAUGUGAUGAAGAAGAGCAGGAACCCUCCUCAAUUUGAGAAGGAACGUUACGAGGGGUUUAUCUACACCAACUCUAUACCUGAGAGCAUGAUCCUUAGAGACCGUAGUAGUAACAGACCCUUCAGGGUCCGAGCGCGAGAUGAGGAUUUUGCCAGCGGUGUGAAUCCAGAUGUAAAAUAUGAAGUGCAAUACAGCAGUUAUGUCAAUGUGACCACAGAUGGUUUUGUGAUACUGAAGAGAGUUGUCAAGACAGAGUCAUUUGCACUACAGCUUAGAGCAGUGGACACAACUACUGGAGAGUUUGGUACAGCCGCCCUCUCUGUUCAAGUUAUACCUGCCAAUGCCAUGCCGUCCCCGUCAAACGUUGGCUACCGUGCUGGCGACAUGGCACUCCUUGGGCUGGUUAUGGCAGCUUUGCUGGUUCUCUGCUUCACUGUGAUUGGCUUCUUGAUUUCCCGCUUGUGGAAGGGCAACUCCAGAGUGGACAAAAUAUGUGAGUGCUUGGACUGUCUGAAAUCUAAGCAGCCAAAUACUAGCCACAGAGACUCCCUGCAGUUCACCAAUGAUGGCUUCCAGAAUGAGCCAGACGGAAGCUGUGGCCACUGGAAGAACACCUUUCCCAGACGAAGUACCUUCCCCGGGGGCCGAGUCAUGCCCCUGGGUAGACGCAACCGCCACUGCGCCUCCUGCGGUGUCUUCACUAAGCACGUCCCCAAAGGGAGUCCCUCACUAAGACCAUCCAGGAGAGGUCGAGGAGAUGGAGACGAUUACCGCUCAAGGUCCAUCCUGGCCAAGCAGAGGAGGAAGGAGGGGCAGAAGACUGUGUGGUUCAAAGAACUCAAAGACUCUUCGGACAUUGAGGUGGAGAUUAUCCCCGACAUAGUGGGCCAGGUGGAGGAAGAGACACAGGAGGAGCUGGAGGGGGAGCUGGUGAUGGAGGCAGUAGUCAACGACCCAUUUGCAGAGUCUGAAGAUGGACAGAAAAACAACCACAUGGAGCCCAAAGCUGAACACAACCACGGGAGUACCAACUCAGAAAAAGAGAAGGAAACAAAUGAUCAAGAUGGCUGAAAGAAGAUGUGACUCAAAGUCAGUUUCACAUUUGGAUACGUCAUACUCAAAUUACUUCCAAAGCCUGAACAGUUUCGUCCAUGAAGACUCAACAUUUGGAUAUCUGCGAAAACCUUAAAAUUAAGAUUCAAAGGUUCAAUAGUAUAUACAGUAUUUGCUACUGUGAGGUUCUAAGAAUUUAAUGUUCAUGAUGAUUUUAUAGUUAACAUUGAUUUUAUUAGCAUGAGCUGGA